ACAUAUACCUAAGUACCUACCCAGGCAGUCGACGGACACCAGAAGACGCGUUUGAUUGACCUGGAGAUCGACUACCUUCUACCUCUCACCUACUCACUCCCAGAUUUCUUCAGGAAGACUCCGACUCCCUUCGAUGGUAUGCCUCGAUUGAACCCUCCACUCUACGUCUUUCCCGGUUCCUCCGCGCCUGCGACCACGACUACACGUCCACUCUCUCGCUGCGUAGCCUUUUCAUCCUACCGCCGUAGCAUUACCACAGCCAGAGCUCCUCCAUUCCCUAUUGUCGAGACAUGCCCCGAACCAACAUGUCCGUGCCGAUCUACUCCAAAGCUCGAUCUCGAAAUCGAUAGAACGAAGAACCUCAAUGGCUCGAUGUCCCCCUAUGCACAGCACCUCCUUAUCUCCACGGGUCAGUCGGACUGGACCUCCAGGAUAGAAGAUGAACACAAUAAUGGCACUUCGUGGGGCAAGGUGAUUGGGGAUGUCAAAGCGUUGUUGGGAAGGCACGGGCAGUUCCACGAUCCCUUCAACAACAUUCUCGUUAACACUUCGUCCUUCGCACCCGGGCAGGAAUCGGGGCAAAGACAAGAUCAAAGCAAUAAAAGGGUCGAUGGUGUGGAGGCCCUUGUUUUCCCAUCGUUUCGGCGCUUUAGACACUUGGUGCCUCUCACCGAGGGCAGAGACACGACAACGAACUCGUCCUCACAUUCCUCCGCGGACUCUCGCUCGGGCACACUGAGGGAUUUCGUCCGCGGAUACCUCCUCCCAGAGCCCAACAGACUACACCCCAUCUACAAAGACAUCCCUGACCAUGAGCGGGCAGCGAAAACGCGAGAUGCCGCUGCCGCCACGAAGUUCCACAGCUGGCCAAUCACGAAUCCAACUAUAUUGAUUUGCAGCCACCAUCAAAGGGACAGCCGAUGUGGAAUAUUAGGCCCGUUGUUACAUGACGAAUUCAGAAGAUACGUCAAUCAGCGGAAGCCGGACGAAAACGGCGUAAAGCUCGUCACUCCGCGGUCUCCUGGAGAUUUUGUUGCCUCCGAGGACGGUGGCUCAGGUGGAUCGGAACCUGCAAGACAAGAGGGCAUCCUGGAAUCACAGGUUCAGUCAUCGGACAGCACCGCUAUGUCCUCCAUCUCCAACACCGGUGCUUCGCCGUCCAAUUCCAAGCAAGCCCACGUUAAUGUGGGCAUGAUAUCCCACGUGGGAGGACAUAAAUGGGCAGGGAAUGUCAUCGUAUACAUCCCUCCGACUUUUACCACUGCCCGCUGUAAAACGUCUGAUAAUCAACCUCCGCCAUCUGACAUGUCUCAACGGGCUUCUGGCGUGCCACCACCACAUCCGCUCCGAGGUAUGGGAAUCUGGUAUGGCCGAGUGGAGCCGAAACACGUAGAAGGGAUUAUUGAGCAGACAGUUGUGGGGGGGAAAGUGAUAGAAGAGUUAUUUCGAGGCGGGAUCAGUGCGACUGGGGAGAUAUUGAGGUUGUGAAGAUCAACAGACAUCCAUUCACCCACUCUUCAUCCGGCCGCGGUCCUCAAACGCCGCCGUUCAUAGAGUAGCCCCAUCAGAUGGAAAGCACAAAGAUGUUGAACUAGAUACAGACACAGACAGGUAUUGCGGAACCCAAUUUUCGGCAUUGCCAGCGACAACGGAGAAAAUCAGCAGCCUAUCAGUCUGAAUGCCAUCAUUAGUCCCAACGCAUUAGUGGCUUCCAUCAAUCCCCAAGCCAGGGGUUCUAAUUCAUCUCCCGUUCCAUGUCUACGUAUGGAAAUUGGACACAGCAC